GGGGGGUGCGGAGUGUAUCCCCGUCCCAUCGGCUCCUCUCCCUCUCUCAGUCGGUCCCCGCUCGGCCAUGCCGGCCGCUCUCCCCCCUCUCUGCGUUCAGGAGUCGCUCGGAAAGUUUGCUUUGGGCCCUCGCAGUGAUAAAGUGAUCGCGUGGAAGUGCCGAGUUCUGCCCGCAGCGCCACGCAGCAGCGCUCGGCGCUCUCCCUCGGUGUCCCUCUGCUUGGACUCAGUUCGGGGUUCGAUUGCCGGUGCCCGACCUGUUAGGAAGGGGAAACGAAAUGACGACGCGAACAGAUUCACACCGAGUUUGUGGCAGGACCGCCUGUGGGCGAGAGGACAGCCGCCCCCCCCCCCCCCUCCCUCCCGAACGCGGCGGCACUCAGCGAACACCCCGAGCCCCCCCGUUACUGCACUGUCGCUGUGUGACCCCCCCGACCCGGCGACCCUCUCUGCUCUUCUUCCACCGUUCAAUCUUUUCCUAAUGAAAUCUUAGGGGGGGAAAAAAGAAAAAAAAGGCAGAGCAGUGCUUCUGCUUUCCCUCCCUCCUUUUAAUAGAGCCGUAUGCCAUUCCGCCUUAUUGCCUGGGAUUUAUAGAGGUUACGGCUGACCGCAAUGAGUGGGAAUUUUGCUGAGGUGGAGACGCUCGCCUGUAUUAUGCUUAUUGAUAAGGACAUUAAGUAGCCCGUGCGAGACACGCGUUUUCUCCUUGUUCCGAGCUGUGCGGUGUAGUGCAAAUAUUACGUUUGAUUUGCACGGGGAGAGCGUUGCCUUUGGCCUAAACGAGUGGCUCUGUAUGAAUGCGGUAGAAUUAGGAGUUUAUCUCCACGGGCCGCAAUGAUUUUGUUCCUUCAGAUUUAGAGAGCUGCACAAAGUGUUCAAAAUGCCACACUCGGAUGGAUUUACCCCGAGACACGCUGUCCCUUCCAAAGCAUCUCGGUGGUAUUCUAAUGAGUAAUGUUUUCUCAGCUAUCAGUGCUGCGCCGAGCUCAAAAGUGUCAUUGAGGAAGCAUGCAAAUAUUUAGGGAGAAAAACCCACUCGGAGAUUGGAGACUUUUUCCCCUUCUUUUUGGGUUUCAUUUCCGUCUGUGUGUAAGGACACCGGGGUCCUACGCUGUUCCUUUCAUUGAAACCUUCUCGUUUAAUUCCCACUUAGCUGACGGUGAAUUUUCUGCCCGACACCACAGCAAAAUAAAACUCCAGGCUGUCUUUCCCCGCCUUUAUUUCCUUCUUUCUUACUUUCUUCUUCCCGGGGUAGAAGCAACAUGCUGCAGAAGCGACUGCAAAACGCGCAGCAAAGCUGCUGGCAAAGCCGGCAAAGCUCCCAACCACUUGUUUCUCGGCGGGCCAGCUCCGAAAAGGGCCAAAAGGCCGAGGCAGACCGUUCCCACAGGCUGCACGGAGCCCCUCGGUGCUAGCGGGGCCCGGUGGGUUCCCGGCAGCGGCAGCGCUCGCCCCGUCC